UGAGCGUCUUAACCAAGCCGGAGGCUUUAGGCAACAUAUGUGACCAGGGUCCUCGAUGCUCACGUUCCUCCAUAUCAAGCCUCGCUGACAAAACUCGGAGACAGCUCAGCUCUGAUUCUUCUGCCUGUUUACUUACUUACAAAUACUUGCUAUUUAUACUGGAUGCUAUUGCGUUUGGAAGGAAUGUAUACAUGCCUUAUGGGGACCUGCGCAAAGGAUGAUGUCACUUGUACCACCUCUUCACCACACCAGAGAGCAAAACUGAGGAAACACCAGGGCCCGCUCGUUUCUUGACGCCCAAGAUCAACAAUGAAAAUCAUGACGUUCCAGAGAAGCUGGACAAUGGCGGCCAUUCUUGCCCCGGUCACCUUUAUCUGUGCCUUUCAUGUUACUGCAGCCCUUGAGAUCCCGCUGGAAGUUUUAGGUCAUGUCAACAUUGAGCAGCUGCCCACCAUCACCGCCCAGUCGCCAAGCUCCCUGAUCGCCUUCCCGUUUGAAGAGAGUUAUCCCAUGACGUGCGAGGCUAAAGGGAAUCCCCAGCCGGAAUUCCGAUGGAUGAGAAACGGCCAAGAAUUUGACCCCUCUUCCGACCCCCGUCUGAUGAAAGAAGAGGAUUCCGGGACUUUUGUCAUACCCAAUAACGGCAACCUGACAGAGUACCAGGGAACGUAUCUCUGUUACGCCUCGAACAAACUGGGGACGGCCACAUCGAAGGAGAUUGAAUUCAUCGUCCCUCAUGUCCCAAAGUUUCCAAAAGAAAUGCUUGAUCCUGUUGUGGUGGAGGAAGGCGAGCCUUUUAUUUUAAAUUGUGACCCGCCCAAAGGAAUACCCCCUCUGCAGAUCUAUUGGAUGACUAUCAACCUCCAACAUAUCGAGCAAGACGAGAGGGUGUCAAUGGGCUUGAAUGGAGAUCUGUACUUUUCACACGCGGAGGAGAAGGACAGCAGGAGGGACUACUGUUGCGUCGCCGCCUUCCCGAGUAUACGAACCAUCGUUCAGAAGACAGCCAUGUCGGUCGUUGUCAAGACAAAAAAAAGUCAAGGCAUGAGUCCUGAAUCUGCUAAUGCCAUCAUGCAGCGGAGGCCCUCGCUUAUGUCGCCCUCUGGUGUCACAACAGCGAAACAUCUUGUCAGGGGAGAGGACUUGAAACUGGAGUGCAUUCCUGAGGGAUUUCCCACUCCGCAGGUGGAAUGGAUCAAAAUAGGCUAUAAGCUUCCAACGAGAGCCAAACUGGAGAGUCAUGGAAAGCUGCUGAUUGUGCCAAGUAUUGAACAAGAAGACAGCGGCAAGUACAGGUGCAAGGCGAAGAACAAACAUGGAGAAGUGGUCCAUUACUUCACAGUCACCGUUGAAGAACCUCCGCAGUGGCAGUUGGAGCCCGAGAGUCAGCUCAGUAUGAUUGGCUCCGACGUGCUCAUCAAGUGCUCGGCGACCGGGACUCCGCAACCGACGAUAACUUGGAGGGUGAAUGGGCUGCCUCUGCAUGAAGCCCCCGCGGCCAACAGGAAGGUGUUUGACGACACCAUCGUUUUGCACAACGCCAAAGCAUCUGACAGCGCGGUCUAUCAGUGCCAAGCGUCGAACCGACACGGAACCCUCCUUGCGAACGCAAACAUCAUGGUCAUGAAUCUGCCGCCAAUGAUUCUCACAAAGGAGGGCGAGGAUUACACCGCCGUCGAAGGGAGGGGAGUGAUGAUGCACUGCAAUGUCUUCAGCUCUCCGCCCUCCGCAAUCACUUGGAGCAAGGAUGAGUCCUCUGAAUCGCUGGCGGGGCCGAGAUUUACCGUGCAUGACAAUGGCUCAUUGGAGAUCUACAGAGCAGAAAAAGAGGACACGGGACAGUAUACAUGUUACGCCAAAAACACAGAAGGGACAUCUGCCAUCGAAGCUUCGCUUUACGUGAAAGAUCCCACGAGAAUAACCGUGGCUCCGGAAGACCAGCGGGUCCUCAUCGGCACCACGGCCCAGCUCUCAUGCCUGGCGCAAUACGACAAGUCCUUCAUCAACGACUUUCGGCUCCUGUGGCAAAAGGACGACGCGGAAUUGGGCUUCAAUGAUACCGAGAGUUCAAGAUACUUUGUAGAGGACGGCAACCUUCAAAUUUUCAACGUAAGCCACGGGGACCAGGGUGUGUACAAAUGUGUAGCGAGAACUCCGGCGGAUGGCGCCACGGCGUCGGCGUUGCUCAUGGUGCUAGAUGUCCCUGAUGCACCGGAGCACUUGGUCCUGUCAGAACACAAGACCAAAAGUGUCAAACUGAAAUGGACCCCAGGGGACGAUCACAACAGCUCGACCACAGAGUUUAUUAUUCAAUACGAGGAGAGCCAGUGGGAGCCUGGAAAUUGGAAGGAGCUGCUCAGGGUACCCGGCAAUCACGCUUCGGCCGUCCUCAAACUACACGGUCACGUCGACUACCGUUUCCGUGUGGCCGGGGUUAACGGUGUCGGGAGGGGUCCUCCCAGCGAGCCCACGGAGAGAUACAAAACCCCUCCGACAGCCCCUGACAAGAACCCGGAAAAUAUCAAAAUCGAAGGUCAUUUGCCGCAUGAAAUGGAUAUCAACUGGGAGCCCUUGUUGCCGAUCGAACACAACGGGCCGGGUCUUGAGUACAAAGUGAGCUACAGGCGGCAGGACUUGGAGGAGGAUUGGAAGGAACACAUCGUGAAGAGACACUCGUUUGUGGUGACGGACACGCCCACUUUUGUGCCCUACGAGAUCAAGAUCCAAGCCAGGAACAAUCAGGGUUGGGGCCCCGAGCCAAACGUGGUGACCGGUUACUCCGGCGAAGAUUUUCCGUCGGCCGCGCCGGACGAUGUGGCCGUGUUGGUGAUGAACAGCUCAGUGGUCAAGGUCAGCUGGACCCGUGUAAACAAGGACAAGUUGCACGGACGUCUGGGAGGCUACAGGAUCAACUGGUGGCGUUUGCGCAGUUUGUUGGAUUUGAAAAAAAGCCACGGAGACAAACACACGUUGACGUUACCUGGCGACCGCGACCACGCCAUCGUGCCCAGACUCCAGCCUUUCUCCGAGUACAGUCUCAUUGUCAUGACCUUCAACGGUCGCGGCAACGGGCCCGGCAGCCAUCCUGUCAACUUCAAGACCCCGGAGGGCGUCCCUGAGAAAAAUCCAGUUUUCAAGGUGACAGAAACACAGAGGCACACCGUCUCUCUGGCUUGGGCCCCACCAGCGGAGCCCAAUGGCAUUCUGACAGGAUAUCUCUUAGAGUAUCAGCUAAUUAACAACACAGAGGAAGUCGGGCAACUGCAGACCAUCGACAUCAGCAAACCCGCCACGACCAAGUGGACCCUGAGGGACUUGGAGCCUUUAAGCAAAUACAAGUUCCACCUGCGUUCCUGCACCACGGUGGGCUGCGGGCCCGUUAUCAGCGAGGAGAGCACCACCACCCUCGAAGCAAGUCUUGCCAGCAUCCACGGCGGAAUAUCUAACCAGGGCUGGUUUAUUGGCCUGCUGUGCGCCAUUGCUCUGCUCACCCUCAUUGUGCUGAUCGCCUGUUUUGUCAACAGGAAUAAAGGAGGAAAAUAUUCAGUAAAGGAAAAGGAGGACCUUCAUCCAGACGUGGAGUCCCAGGGUAUGAAUGACGACACGUUCUGCGAAUACAGUGACAACGACGAGAAGCCACUAAAAGGCAGCCAGCGCUCCCUGAGCAAAGAGAUCAAAGCGGGGGACAGCGGGGACAGCCUGGUCGACUAUGCGGAAGAAGACACUCACUUCAACGAAGACGGUUCCUUUAUAGGCGAGUACGCGGGCCGUAAGGAGAAGAGGAUGUCAUCUGAGAUCAAAGCCACCGCUCAGAGCCUGGCGUGAGGAGCCCGACUUGCAUCCAUCUUCCAGCGCGCACACUCUUUUCAUUAAAACCUGCGCAGCGGGGACCGAUGCAAGCCAACUUGCGCAAUAGUGAUGCGGAGCACACGUUCCGUGGCAAAUGCAAUGUCACAGGUGUGUAUAUUAUUUCUCUCUAUAUAUAUUGUGUUUAUUAUAUACUGUAUGUGACGAGUGUCUUUUUAAUCAUUCUCAUGACUCCAAUAAAAUGUCGAGGCCUAGUUUUUAAUUAUUGUGAUGGGAUCUACUCUAAACUCAGCUCCCUGCGGAAACUUUACCCUCGAUGGGCCAGUGACUUACAGUGCAACUGCCCAAAUUUCUGCGGAAUUCGUGCACACACACAUUUAAAUGGCAAAUCUGUUAUUAGGCCUUACUUGUGCGUACUAGUGAAUAAUCUUGGAUCUGCUCACCCGUUGUAUACGCACAAAUAGUGAUGGACCAGCUUUAAAAACAACGCCAACAAAAAAAUAAUAAUAUAAAGCAUGACGUCAAAUGGAUGCCUGUUUAUCGAGGAAAUAGGGGCGGAGUUAAUGCAAAUUUGAGCACAGCAGCCACAAGACGUCUUGUCAAUGAAUUCUGCUCCGACAUGCACAUGCGCCCACCGAAGGCAUACGGGGCCCAUACGCAUAUGCCGUGAUUCUGAUGGCGCUUUUGCGUAUAUGCUGAACAUUGUGAUGCAUUUAGUCGUGAAAGAGUGUUGUUUUGAUGAACACUUUUUCAGUUUAAAUGUAUUCUUUUGUAAGAUCAGUGGGGUUGUUUUUCUUUUCUUUAUAAGCUAUAUUCAAAAUAUGAUCUGCCUGUAAAGGUUACUUAUUAACUUAUUUUCCAGAGAUAUUUUGCUGGACAUCAUAAAUAUUUUGGAGUCCAGAGCCUCUUGGUUGUUAGAAGUAAAAAUGUUGUCAUUAUGUCUCAUGGGGACUCUGCUCAUGAUCGUUUGUUUGCUAUAACAGCCCAGUUUACAAAAUGCCACACGAUGAAUGUAUAGAAUAGGUGAUUUCCAAAUCGGAACAUGUAUUUUUGUGCAAAUGACAUCAUUUCAGGGUUUCGAAAAAUAUUACGACAAUGUGUUGACGAAAGGAGACACUUUGUUGCAUUUGACGCCUCCAUUGUUAUUUCAAGUCUAGCACCAUAGCAUUGUUUUCUAAAAGAACACACAAAAAAAAAAAGAAUCUGCCAUUUUGCAUGUUCGGAGGAUUAAUUUGUGUUUUUUGAUGUAUUGAAUUGCCUUUUCUUACAUUUUUCAAAUUGUUUGCCUGUUGACUCAUCUCUGUUCUGAUACAUUGCUACCCCCAUAAGUAUCAGAAGAUGAGAGUGUGGAUUAAACAUAAGCCCCCUUUCUGCAGCUAUGUACGUAUAAUAAACGAGACAAAACUGGCA